AUGUCGAAUAUUAUCAAACGUAGUUGUAACUCUUAUACUAUUAAACAAAAAAAAGAAAUAGUCGAUUAUGUGACAAAGUAUAGUAGAAAUGAAGCUGCACGUAACUUUAUGCUUGAUAGCAGUAUAGUUGGACGAUGGGUAACUGCAAGCUCAAGUUGGAAUGAUGAAAUAAAUCAAAAUAGUAAAUCAUCUGAAAUUUUAAAUGAUCUAGACAUAUCAGUAACUUCAUUAUUAGAAUUUAAGGCAUCAAAUC